UGUAGUGGUGCACAGCUUCGCCUCAUAGCAGUCUAUACCUACCACCAGUUUGCGAUGCGCUACUAGUCAGGAACAAGGCUGCAGCUCAUGGAGCGUCUCAGAAUUCCUCGUAACAGGAAUAUCAAUGCCAAAUGCCUGUUGGAAUCUCACAAACCUACUUCUGUACUUUUUAGCGGUAGAGGCGUUUCUUUGCCUACCGCCUGUUGGAAACUUGAGUCAUUACCAGACUUCGAUCGACUUGCAAACUGGGUUUCGAUUCCCCACAAAUACUCUGACCUUUUUGGACUUGGACACUGAUAGGACUUGUACUGCAUCAUUAUCAGAUGUCUUCAGAUUUACGUUCGUACUUUAAAGUUGUACAGUAAAGUUAGAUUUAAAGGUUCCACAUACAAGUUGUGUCG